AUGGAUCAGUCUCUUCAUAUCACUCAAGAAAUAUCAUAGCUCAAUGAGUUUAACUAAUCCUAAUUAACAUUGAUAAUUAAUAUCACUUUCUCUAGAACUUCCCAAGACGAAAACCUAUUAAUCAAAUUCAUAAAUAAUUCUGUCAUUAAAUCAAGUGAAGGAUACUACCAAAUUGAAAAGGAAGUCACUUGCCUCAUACCGUAAGUGAUAUACAUUGAUGAAGUCACCAUUAGUUAAGUACAAGCAACUACUCAGAGUAACACCUACUUACUCUACUUUAUUGGGACAAUCUGCAUAGGAUCAGUCGUUUUUGGAGGGGUUGAAAUCUUCUUUAAUUUGUUAGAUACUCUUUAAAUGCUAUCUUAUUUAAAAUACAUAAACACACAACUCCCAUAUAAUUUACAGGCGUAUUUUCAACUCUUUGGCUUUGCCUAAUUCAAUUUUAUCUAGAAGAUUUUUGAUUUCUCAGGAUUAAUUGAUCUAAUGCUAAAUUCAAACAAUCUGAAAAAGAUACCCACUAAGGUAGCCAGUGAUGACAUAACAUCUCUAUUUAUUAUAAAUACUGCAACAAUUACCACAGUUUGGAUUUCUCUUCUAGGUAUAUAUGCAAUUGCAAAAGUGAUACCUAAAAUUCUUUAUUCUUUCAAAUUUAAAUUUUAUUCUGAAUCCGAAGAAGAAAACUCCUGGCUUAUCAAAAUUGGAGUAUACUAUUUAACAAUUAAGUAUGUUAUUAUUCGAAUAUGCUAUGCCAUCAUUUCAGAAUUCUUCUAUAGUGGAAUUUUACGUGUUCAUAUGGCGACUGCAUAUGAUCUAACUUUUAGUGUAUUUCUUCAAUUGUAUGCUUUUUAGCUUAAUUCAACAAACUUUUUUAUCAAACUCAGUUCUUUAUUAGCUUGUGUGGCAAUUAUAAUAUAUAUAUUUAGCAUUUACUUUGUCAUACAAAUAUCUUAAAUGAAGAAAUACUCUUUUAAUUGUAUAGCCAUCAGAACUAAAUACGGAUCUGUUUUUGAUGGAAUUAAAAUACAUUAAUUUUCAUAGUAUCUUAAUGCUUUACUUCUAAUCAAAAAAUUUAUGUUUAUGUUUUUAUUAGUUUUUGCAUAUGAAUUUCCUGCAUUUCAAACUGUCAGCAUUACACUCCUAUCAAUCAUGAUGAGCCUAUUUUUAAUCUUAUUUAAUCCAAUAGAAGAUAAAUUCGAGUAUUAUAAAUAAUUAGUUUGUGAAAUUAACAUCUGUUUUACUCUACUAAAUAUUACAAUUCUGACUUUUGAUUUCGAAUUAUCUUAUUUUACCUAAAUGACUCGAUAAUCGUUUGGAUGGGGGUGCAUUUUUUUUAUGACAGCAAUAUUAUGUAUUCAAUUAGGGGUUGAUGGUUUUUAAUAAUGGAGGUUUAUCUUUAAAAAAUAUAAGCAAAUAAGGAAAAUAGCAGAUUCAAUACUUAGAUUAUUCUCGAAAAAUGAUCAAGAAGCACCAAAAGAUGCCAAAUGA